AUUGAAAACUCUCAAUGUUCUGGUGCAGACAAAUCAGAUGCAUACCAGGCCAUGUCAUACGGCAAAUCUCUGGCAUUGAGCCAGAAUAACUUCGUCCAACCUCCAGAGAAAGAGGAAGUGGACGAGACUUUCGAUGCCAGAAUAUCGCGACAAAAGAGGCAAGCCACGGUCUACGAUGCUGUUGCUGGUCGCCUGAACUCCCACGGCUUCCUCUCCGCAGUCCCUUACUCCUCCACAUACCGAGAUACAACAUCCACCAGCGCGAACCCAGUUCGGCCCGAAGAAGUGCUCUUCCGCCGUUUAAAUGCGCCAACCCGCUACGAGGAAACAGACUUCUACUUUGCGCAUGAGAACCUUCCGCCUACCUUCCCGCUCCCCAGCUCCGAUCUGUUAGAGUCGAUCCAUGUCUAUUCAGCCGACUUCUACGACCAUGCCACGAUUGAUCGCGGACAAGAGGAUUACCAGAGCAUGGAUGAGACGGCUUUGAUUGCAAUGGGAAUCCUCCUUGAGGAGAUGGCGAAGGAGUCAUUGGGUGAAACUGGUGACUUGGUAUUGGUUGAAGGGGAAAGGAUCUCGGAUAGUGAGCGGUUGCCAUCCAUGAGACAUAAGAGGCGGAUGAGUCGCAAACGGGAAAGUAGUACGAUGGUCAGCUCGGGAGAUGAUUUGGAAAACGUGGUUAAAAGGAGGCGGGUAAAGAGGCCGCGUCUCAUGUCUCGCAUGGACACGGAGCCGGAUGAGAAACCGCGGGUAGAGAAUGAUGAAUGAUUCGAUGGGCGGAUGGGGUUUGCUCUGUUGCUUUCCGUGUGCUACGAUAAGAUACCCAUAAUGCGAUAUAACUAUGAUCUUUUUACCUGCAUUGAUUGGCCUGCCGCCUAUUUGAUUCCAAGGAUCAUGCCUGGAAAAUAUUUUCCUACCAGCGCUCUUCCAUAUCAGUCAUACUCUUGGACUUCUGUAUCUUUCCGAUAGGUAGUUACGAGCAGCAAAUUGUUCCAUCGCCUUCUC